AUGGGUGUUUCUGUGUUUGGUGGGGAUCGCGAUCAAGUUUCCUUCAUUUCCAAAUUUCGACUAUCUUUUUUAGACUUAUCAGUUCAAGUCACAUGUGAAGUAUUUGAGCUGGAUAACAGGUUUAUCGACUUUAUUGAUAAAGGCCCUUGGCUUGUUCAGUUCUAUGCCCCAUGGUGUGGUUUCUGUCGCCGUCUCACUAGUACAUACGAAGAAAUGAGUAGACUGCUUAUUCAUAUGGAACCUUCCAUCAAAGUCGCAAGACUUGAUGCUACAGUCUAUACAGGAAUAGCUAAAACGUUUGACAUAAGGGGAUUUCCUACCAUCAAAUAUAUUAACAGUACAGUGACUUACACGUUCAUGGGUGAUCGAACUGUGAAAGGCCUGAUAACUUUUGCUCAAAGAGCUAAUGGACCGGCAGUAAAACAUUUUGAAGAAAAGCAGAAGUUUGAAGAACGUAUAAAACAACUAGAUUCAGAUGAACCAUUUUUCUUCCUGCUUAAUUCAACAAAUUCUGUUUUAAAAGAGACGUUUCUGGAAGUGGCUGAAAAACUCCGCAUAUUCUCAUGGUUUUUCAGUGGCUCACUAUCAGUUCUACCUCAACCGUACAUUGAACUACUUAAAUCAUUCAGUAAUAUUUUUACGGAGAUUUUAGUUUUUAAAGAUUCCAAUGUGUAUUCUUAUCCAGGUUUACUAUCAAGUGAAAAUCAACAAAUCACUACUAAUAAACCAGAAUUAUAUCAAGAUUUAUUACUGUGGGUAUUACGUGAACGACAAUCAGAUUUUCCAAAAUUAUCCACUUCUGAUUUAUGGGAAUUUGCUUCAAGUGGAUUAGGGAAUAUAAAUUAUAACCUGGAUAAUAUGCAUAAUAAUAAUAAUUCAAUUUUAUCGCCUUAUCCAGUGUCUUCUAAUGUAAAUUCAAUAAGGGUGUAUAGAAAUUAUCGUUUAAUUGGAUUAUUCACCGUAGAUCAACUACUAGUAGAGGAUAGUUUCCCGUCUAGGGUGUUGAAAUUUGGACAAACAUUGGCAUUGAGACGUUUACCGCAUAUAAUGAAGUAUUUUCAACUUGCAUGGACUGAUGACAUUGAAGCUUUAGAAGAUUUAGCUAUGGGAGUAAUAUCUACGCCUAAUUUUAUUGUUGUAGAUCCUCUUACUCGAGAAUUAUUUAUGUAUCUAUCAAAUCAUUAUUCAUCUCAUUCGUUAUUACUUGAUGAAAGUAAUCUUAUCAACUUUCUUAUGCUUGUUAAUGAUGGCAAAGUUAAGGCUGUCGGUGGUAAUACAAUCUCAGUGAGAUUACGGCGCUUGGGAUACAAUUUCGUAACAGGUGUCAUUAAAUUCCUUAUAACACGACCAUUCAUAGCCAUGUUAGUUUUUGGCAUCCCAAUAAUUAUGCUCAGUGGAAUCAUUUACUUAUGUUGCUGCCUGGAUACCGAUUAUGCUAACUACGGUGGUGAUUAUAAUGGCAAUGAGGAGGCUUAUGAUAGAAAAUUAUCCUGUCUAAAAGUCAAUAAAAACAUCAACGAUUCUACUGAUUCAGUUAUUGACACAGAUUCAAGUUACGUAACCACUAACGAUCACCAUGCAGGAAUAAAUGUUCAUUCGCGUAGUAUUAAAACAUUUUCAUCCUCUUCUAAUCAUCGAGCACUGCAUCCUAGCCGGAAAAUUCUAAAUAUGGGUCCUGUUUAUUCAGAAGAAGAAUUAAGACAAAGAAUUAAAGAUUGUCGUGCGAAGAAAGAUAAAUAA